UCAGAAAAAACUAAGCUGUAACCGCUAAAAAAUUGGAUUUCAAAAGAACAAAAGGUGUUUAAGGGAACAUAGAACAUACCAAUGUACCUGAAGAACAUAGUUGACUGUUUUUUGUUUGUUUCAUUUAUAGAACUAAAGCAACUUUUAUUGUAGACGAACCUAAAGUUUUAUUUGUCUCUAAAUUAGUCUUCUGCUUUGCGCUCACUACAGUCUAAUAGCUACAACUAGAAGCCCUGGUUGUAUGCCAAAAAACAGGACAUUCUUACUUGCAUGGUGAUAAAUUUACUAUGUCUUAGUAAAGAACAGUAGUAAUCACUUAAACACACUCAGACCCCUGGACAAAGUGAUAGAUAUAGAGAGGGACGGGUAUUCUGGGGCCCCAGGAGGGAUACCAUAACAUUCAUGCAGCUGACGCUCUUUGGGAGGCAGGUGGACGUGAUGCUGAAGAGCAGAUUGGAAAGUGUGGAUUCAGCAGAACAUGACCUGGCCACACUUGAGGAAAAGAAGAAAAAUGAAAAAGGAGACGAUUCUAGUUCUUCAGCUCCAAGCACGGCAAAGGUACCUUUAACAUCUGAGCUAGAAGACAUGUUAAUGAAGCAACAAGAUGAAUCCACUGUCCACCAAAAUAGGAUGCUAAAACCUAUCCAGAAAGUGCAUGAACUGCUCCGUGACCAUGGAAGGGAAAUCAAGGAUAACCAGAAACAGCACUGUCAUAUUCUAAGACAUGGAUUUCAGAGAAUAGAGAAAAAGAUGGAUUCAAUGACUAAUGCAUUGUCCAAAGUCCACAAAAGCAUUCUUAGUCUUUCCCAGGGCAUGUUAGCUUUGGCCCGUCAGACUGCCACCAUGAACGCUGAACUGGUGAAAACUAAUAAUCAGAUUGUUUCCACCUUCCAGCGCCUUGUCCAACUCAAAGAGCUUGAACUUUCCAAAAAUCCUUCUCAGUCAUCUACGCCAACAGAGCCAAGCAACUCUAACAGUUCUGCAAUGUCACGGAGAUACCGAACCCGAGGAGGAAGGAGACUUUAUACCUAAAGACACAACAGAAGCUGUUUAAUGUUUGGUCUAUACAGCUAUGGGAGAGUUCCACUAACAUUACAUUUUUGAGCUUGCUUUGCCUUUUUGAUUUUGAAAGAACUUAAGUUUUUUUCUAGUAACUUAUGGUUUUAGAGCUUCUAUUAAAACUUUUCUUUUAGAAAGCAAUGUUUUGUUGUUACUUAAUUCUUUUUGUAUCACUAUAUACAAUUAGGCCAAAUUAGUAACAGUUUUGGUAGUAUUCUUGGCCAAAACCUUCUGUUCAAAGAGUACAUUUGGUCAUACAUGAAAUUCAGCUCAUAUGUAAGAUACAAAGGAGAAAAACCACUGCCAGGUACUUCCAGCAGCACUUACCUCCCUAAAACAACAAAUGAUCCUUGUUGACAGUAGAAAGGGAGAUAAUUGACCUGCUCCCAUAUACAUUAGAAUUCUGGCAAGCAUAGACAGGAUAUGCUGAUUUUUAUCUAAUCUUGCUUCUCGUGGUUGUCAUGUUCUGGAUGUUCCUUAUCAUAUAAGCCCUUUUUGAUAAAAAAAAAAAAAAGAUCAAGUGUCAAAACAAAGGAGAGAGGAAGCAUUCACUAACAUUUUCUUAGGAAAUGUUUCAUCUCUCUCUUGUGUCAAGAACCAAUCAUGUUUUUGAUGAAUGAUGAUCUCCUGAACUAUUCUGUUGUAAAAUAUGCUAAUUUGAAAUAUGCAAAAUUUGAGGAAUAAAUUAAAGACUCAAUAUUGAGUUCUCUAGAUCCACUCUGACAAAAAUUGUCUUUUGAGUGUUUUAGUAUUAAAACUAUGUUACAUUGUACUUGCUGAAAAUGUUAUGAUCAGAUGAUCUGGUAGAUUCCAAAGUCGCCUUUUGAAUUACCAAAUGUUCUCAUGAAAAUAAGAUGAGAAUAGACCAGCAAAUACCAAAUGUCUGUGCAAAUUUAGCAUGAGCCAAAUACCUUACAGGAAUUCAGUAAAGGGGUUUUCUCCCCACCAAUCAGCUGACUGUAGUGUUUAUAGCACCUUGGUGAACACUCUGGCUUCUUCAUUACCAGGUGUUUAGCUUUGAACAUUUCUAAGUGGCUGUGCCUAGUACUACUCACAGCAAAGUCCCAGUUUAAUUGGGAAUAAGCUGUAGAACACUUUAUUUCCAGGCAUGGCCGCUACACAGUGUAUGGCAAUGUACCUGGUAAACAAAUUUGCGACUGAAGUCCUCUUCUGUUCUACAAUCAGUCGAUGGGUGUAGUACCGGGAAGUUGGACUCCUCCUUGGUGUAAGAAUAGUCCAUCAAUAUUAUAGUCCCGGAAAACCCUUUUAAAUAAAUUAAGGUUGACCAGUGCUCUGUUUCUGCUGUUGGUUAUGAACUGUGGGCAAUGUAUUUUAAACCUUUAUAUUGUAUAUAUAUAUUUACCUGUUACUUUUUCUGAAAUUCUGAAAUCUUUAAAGAAAGAGGUACUAAAACACUCUAAUCAAAAUAUGUUAUUAAAAGACCUACAAAUAUGAGGAUUAAACUAAAUAAAUUAAAUAUAGUAUUUAUAUUUAACACUCCAUAGAGUUUCUUUUUAUUAUUAUUUUUAUAAAUUGCUACACACAAAAUAUGCUUAGAAAAUAGAUUGUGCCUUAAUAACACAAAAAAAUACGCUAUAAAACACAAUCAUCGCUACUGUAAAUGUUUUAGAACAUGUCAGAUAAUCCCAUCAAUCUAUAUACUGCUUUACAAUGUGGGUUUUACGUAUGCCAGCAAAUUCCUUAGCACCGUAGGACACAAUUUCUUAUUGAUAGAGGCAAAGAGUGAGGAAAUCCUCAAGACAUUUUCAUGUAUCUUAAGAUAGAGAUAUAUUUCCGAUACAAUGAUAGAAAGACUAGGAGGGGAGAGAAUUUAAAAUAGGAAUAUCCCCUAUUGCUUGUAUGAAAUGGAGAGAUCAAUUAUACAUUAUGGGAAGACGCACCUCAGUCUCAUGCAGCGCAGCUUUGAUUGUGUGAGAUUCAGAGGGAAGGUGCCGCUCUAGAGAAGUUAUGAAAGUGUCCGAGACAGAGGUAAUGAGAUGGGUGGAAAGAAAUAAUGUGAUUCAGGCUCAGGAGGGAUGGGAUGAAUCAUAUUGUAUUUGGAUGUAUGGAUAUGUUUUCUACUGUGCUACAAAUCUAUUGGUCAACACCAUUUCCAUAAAAUACUACUGAUAUUUUUUCUUUUCUUUGUAACAAUUACACUUAAUGUUCUCUCUUGGAAUAAUAUGACAUAGAAAAUUCAGUAACAUUGUCCAGGUGUAUUCCUGCUAAUCAAAUCUGACUGUUUCAAAUAAUAUGUAAUCAUCUGUUACAGUUUAUACAUUUAAUAAAGUGA